UCGCGAAUGGUCAUGCGGCACAGUGUCGCGACUGACACGCUCGCACGUCUGCCCUUUCGUCAGGGGCAAUGACAAAGGUAUAAAGUGUGCUCAUUCUGCCUUCACAAUCCAGACUCCCCUCAUCAGUCUCGAGUAUCUCGUCUCUACAGCCAUCUUUUCUCCUCACGAACGAUUACUAUCGCCUUUACGCUUGCCUUGCAAUACCCAGUCUCUCAAGCGUUUCCAGCACUGCUCAAAAUCGAUCCCCAUCGAGAUGUUCUCCAACAAAAUUGCUCUCACUUCCGCCAUUCUGGCCGUUGCAUCGAUCGCAUCUGCCGCGCCCCUGGACAGUCGAGCACCGCCUGCAGGAUGCUCGGAAGCUGCACGCUUCGGCACCUUUUCAGUGCAGCCCGCCUCUGCUAAGAUUGGCGACGAACUUACCGUCACCUACACUCAGAAGUGCGCGGACUACGCCAACAUCCACCCGACAUCACUCACUCUGACUCUCGGAGCGAACCAAAUCCCUUUCGCCGUCAUCGAGGAGAACAAAGCGUACCCAGGUGAUGGCAAAACCUUGACCUUCACCACGACUGUCCCGGACACCUAUGCGCCUGCGCACGUCGACCCUUCCAAGCUGAACCUUUGGGGAACAAUCAAGUUUAACCAACCGGGCCCCAAGGGCAAGGAGGCUACGCACCUCUACAACUUCAGCCAAAACUUUGCUUUGACCCAGUAGAUGAUAACCAGACCACUCGUCUGUCUUGUUUUUAUUACGAUCGGACACUUUCCUCAUCAUCCUCUCGCUGCCUCCAUCUUGUGACAUUUGACCAGCACGCACCAAUCCGCAUUCUUGUUGCAUUUGCCUGUUUCGCCAACCGUUCAGACUGCGAGCAAUUGUUGCAGAUUCGCCAGUGCUCUCAAGGCGGGGCGGGUGAAGUGCGUCGCAUCUGGAAUGGCGAGCGUCUUGGUCUUAGAUGACACACGCCCUGCUCCUGCACAAUCCACCAUCGCAAAGCUACUUUAAGAGACGGCUU